GUCGUGCUUCUAGAUGUACCCAUUAAUUUCAUUAUAUUCAGCACAGAACUGAAUAAUUAUCAGAUAUUUUUUUGUAUAUGAGAGAAUAGACAUAGCAUAAAGCUUGUCAAAAUGAAAUACAGACAUUUGCUUGAGCAACAUAUAACAUAUUACAAUGGACAAUUAUAUUGUUAUCAAUGCAAGAUCACACUACAAAACCUCAAGGAAGGAAAGCUUCAUUACGAAGACGCUCACUUAUCUGUUAACAGUCAAAUAUCUGAUUUCCUAAAUAAAAUGAAAUUGUCAAAAAAAAAUUGUAUGGAGUUAGUACAACAGGGUAUUAUAAUAAGAGGACUACAGCAAGAUUACUUCUGUAUAUAUUGCCAAAGUUCAAUAUCUUCAUUACAUAAUUUUUCUCAACAUUUAAAAGAAGAAAAUCACUGCAAAUAUGUAAAUUCGAAAUCUACAUUAAAACAUUCUUCAAAUGAGCAGCAAAAGUCAAAUGACAAUACAAAUAACGAACAAAGUAAUGCUUGUGUUAAUGUUGAUAAUUCAGUGGAACAUAAGAACGAAUCAAAUGCAAUAAUACAAUCAAUCAGUGAGAAUAUGUUAAUGAAAGAUACUUCAAACAGUUCUAUGCAGGCAGUAAAUGAAACUAUUACAAAUGUGCCUUAUGCAUUAAUGGAGGAAGAAAAAACGUAUAAACAUUUUUUAAUGCAACGUACAAUAUAUACAGUACAUACAUACAAUGGACGAUGGUACUGUGAUCUGUGCGAGUUUACAUUGCGAAGCUUGAUAGCUAUGACUUGUCACUUACAAGCAGUUCAUCCAGAUAGUAGUACAAAAAUAUCAGAUUUUUUUGAUAAAUCUAUCAAAUUAUCAAACACAAAUUGUAGAGAAUUAUUAGAUCACGAAAUAGCAAUGCAGGAUGUGAUGCAUGAUUAUUUUUGCAUACCUUGCAAAUGUUCUUUCCCUUCUGUAAGUCAUUUUUAUGAGCAUUCAGUCGGAAAGAAACAUAAGCUCAUGACCCAGUGUAACAAAAAACACGAAGAUGCUAAUGUUGUGCUGGAAAAACCUACAGCUAAAUUAAAUUUAAAUAAUAAUACAAUUAACAAUCAAAUUAUAUCUGUUGUACAAAAUAAAAGUGAUUUAAUUAGAAAUCUUCCAAGUAGUUUCAAAGCAGAAGAGAAAAGUACAAUUUUAUUGAAGUCUUAUAAUAAAGAUAGUACUAGUGAGAGUCUGCAAAGUGAAAGCUUAUGUUUAAAAACAUAUAUUUAUACGAAUUUUUGUUAUUUGUGCGAUAUGUUUAUUAAUGAAACUGUUAUAAAAGGUCAUAUUAUAUGUAAAAGCCACAAGUCUGCUGUAUCUUUAUUUAGAGAAAUCCAAAUCUCUAAUCAGCAAACAUUGUGCAUUAUAAAGUUAGAAAGGGAAAGGAAUACUCUUAGGUCACUACAGUUAAAUAAUAAAAAAUUCGAUGGAACUAUAUGGCCAGAAUAUGCAGAAAUUGUAGCAAAGUAUACUUGCGAUCAAUGCAAUGAAAUGGUCGAGAAAGAUGAUAUAAUAAAUCAUGAAAUAACAAUACACAAAAGUGACAUGAUGUUUUCUAUGAAGUUUAUCUAUAACUGGUCACAUGAGAGUAGAAAUCUUAACGCCAUUAUUUAUUAUCCACUAUUUAAAUGCUCGUUCUGUAAUGAGAUAAUACAUGGCAUAGCGUCAUUACAAGCUCAUUUUUUUAAAUAUAAACACAAAGAAAAUAUUAAAUCAUUAAUUGACAUUAAGAGACGGGAGUAUGAUAGUUGUAAAAAUAUAGAAAUUUAUUUGGAGCCAAUUGAAUUUCUAUGUCUAAUCUCUUUUGAGAAUAAUGGCGGAACUAUUCAAGUUCAGGAGCAGCCUGUGAUAUAUAUUAAAAACCAUUAUACAACUCUUCGUAAAAAUGCAAAAGAAAUGCAGAAAACAUUUAUUUACGUUUGCUUUAACUGUAAUUAUACAGCGGAUAAAAUCAACAACGCAAUUAACCAUUUAUUUAAGAACUUACAACAUUUGAAACAUUUUGAAAAUAUUCUUCUCACAUAUAUGUCUAUACAAAAUGUGUCUACAUCAAAAGAGCUUAUCGUAAAUGAAAAUGAACAUAAAGUAAAAUCUCCAAUUUCUAAAGAUGUAUCAAUUGAUAAUAAAUCAUUGACGGAACGUAACGUUGACAAAAUACAAGUAAAUACAGAGCAAUACGGUAAUCGUAAUUUAAUAGCUGAAAUGAAUUCUAAUAACACAGAUAAUAGAAUGAGUCAAAAUGAAGAAAAUAAUUCUGGCUUUUUUAUAUCUGUCGAUGUAUUUAUGGAAAUUAAUACAUUAAUAAAAAAAGAUUAUAAAUCAAAUCAAUUAUCCACAAAGUUAAAUAAGAGUACUGUAGAUCGUUAUAAUAGAGUGUAUCGGAAAGAUUUUCUCGACUUCGAAGAAAUCAUGUUUGUCUGCAACUAUAGAAAAUUGGAGAGAAUUAAAUCGAAUUUGCAGUUUUUCUUUCCAUCGUCUGACAAAAUAUUUUGCCUUAUAUGUGAAAAUCUGCAAUUGUGCAAUGUACAGGCAAUAUACGAACAUAUAAAUUCUGAAAAUCACAUUAUAAAAUUUAACAUGUUACAUGAGAAUGCAGAACAUUUGGAACUGUUAAAGCAGCUAGUGAAAAUACAACCUGCAUAUACCAAAUGUUAUGCUUGUGAUAUAUAUACAUUUCAGAAUAGAAAACCUAACAUAGAUUUUAAGAAUCAUAUACGUAUGUCUUCGCAUAAGAUCAAUUGUAACCGAUUACGUAAUCAGAUUGAGUUCAUAUUGAAAGAAUUCCAAAAUUUAUGGUAUAGUAUCCAAUACUUUGCUUGCGUUAAUUGCAAAAAAAACUUCAAGAUAAAGAUAAACUUCAUGGAACAUCUUCAAAACAAGCACGGGAAAGUCAUGAGAGACAAGACUAAUUCGAUGUUUGAUUUUUGCUUAACUUGUGCGACUUUAUGGUACAAAAGAAGUGAUAUCGAAGACAUCCAUAUAAAUUAUAAACAACACUGCCAGUUACAAAUGCAUCGGUAUCUAAAGAAAAGUAAUGAUUUCGCAAUUACGCCGCUGCCGCAGACUCUGCAAAAAUUAUUGAGAAAUGUUAACAAAAUUUCUGAUGAUCUAUUUCAAUUGUCGGAGAAGGUAUUAAAUGAUCCAAAAGCGACUCAACUUACGGAUGCUUUAAAGCACAUCUUUGGAACAUGUCAGCCCCCUGCAGAAGUGUUCAUGUUUGGUUCAAGAGUUACUGGUUUAGCGUUAACAAACAGCGACAUCGACAUAUAUCUUAAUUUCGUUGAUGAAUGUAUCGAGCCUCAAUCGAUUAAAAGAAGGAGUAAACAAAUUCAAGAUUGUUUACGUACCGAUCAUAAGAAUUGGGAUAUAGAAUUAACUUUGGACAGGAGCAGAACUCCUAUAAUAAAAGUAAAGCACAGAUUAACAGGAUUGCAAUGCGAUAUCUCGUUUACAAAAGGUCUAUCAGUAGAAAAUUCCAAGCUUAUUAGAUCUUUCAAUACCGCAUAUCCGCCGUGUCAAAAAUUGACAUUGUUUUUGAAAAAGUGGCUCUCGCUGGCGAGUUUGAGUGGUCCUGAUGGAAUGACAAAUUAUGCUCUUACCUGGCUAGUCAUUUUUUACUUACAAGUCAAAUUAAAAAUUCCGAGUAUUGCUGACUUAAUCAAAAGCCAUAAUCAAUCGAAAAUCAUCUCUGGUUGGGAAACUGGAGUUAGUGAUGCUAUUCUUAUCAAUGUACCAGAACAACCAAUACAUGAACUGUUGUUAGGAUUUUUCGAAUAUUACGGAGGUUUUGAUUACAUGCGUCUUGUCAUAUGUCCAUUAUUAGGCGAGACGUGCCAAAAGAAAGCUUUUACUGAAGUACCGAUUUUACCUAAUUCUAUGGCACUUUACAUGGUGCGAUUGCGAGGCGACAAACGAGAAUAUUUUCGUAUUGAUUCACCUAUGUGUGUGCAAGAUCCGUAUGAUCUCUCACAUAAUUUAACAAAGGCUGUGUCAAUUUUAACGCUUAAACGUUUUAAACACUAUUGCAAUGAAAGUUUAUCAGUAUUACGUAGCGUUAUUGCUGAAUCAUAA